AUGUGGUCUUUUACUUCUCUUUUCAGGCCAUCAAUUAGAUGUAGCUCUGAUGAAACUGUUGCUUCUCGUAUGGCUACAAAUGAAAUUCAAUUCUUUGAUUUUUCAAAAGGCAUGGUGCAUAAGAUUAGAAUUCCUGGAAUAGCUGCAGUAGAGCUUUCUAAGCAACCUGGAUCCCAUGAUGCUGUAUUUGUUCCAGAAUCUAAGGAAAAGAAGGACCUGUACAUGAUGUUCAAUGGUCGUAUUCAGGGAAAGAAUUUGCAAUUGUUUAUGGAUAUAAGAAACUCUCAAUACCAUGGUUUGAAUAAUGCAAGUGAAUCCUUUGAACAUGCCAUACAACGUGUUAUUGAUGACAACCUUGAGUUGGGAUGUGCAUCAACUGAGAAGCUACUGUUAUGGGUGUUUUAUGAAUGUCCAAAAGCACUGAAGAUGAGUGAUGCAAGAGUAAUAUUAUUGUCUGCUCUUCACAAUGUCAUUCAGAUUUUAUCCAAUUGCUACAAUCCACCUGAGUCGCUUGUUGACCGGUUUAACUGGAUGUUGUCACCUGAAACCAUGGUGGGCCCCUUCAAACCCCAACCUCAUCCGGGAACCAACAUCUCCAAAGGAGCUGUCAUCACAUGUUAUUUGAAAGAUGAGAGAAGAAAUUUUCUUUUACCAAAUAAUAUUCAUAUUAAGUCCAAGGAAAAGAAGGACCUGUACAUGAUGUUCAAUGGUCGUAUUCAGGGAAAGAAUUUGCAAUUGUUUAUGGAUAUAAGAAACUCUCAAUACCAUGGUUUGAAUAAUGCAAGUGAAUCCUUUGAACAUGCCAUACAACGUGUUAUUGAUGACAACCUUGAGUUGGGAUGUGCAUCAACUGAGAAGCUACUGUUAUGGGUGUUUUAUGAAUGUCCAAAAGCACUGAAGAUGAGUGAUGCAAGAGUAAUAUUAUUGUCUGCUCUUCACAAUGUCAUUCAGAUUUUAUCCAAUUGCUACAAUCCACCUGAGUCGCUUGUUGACCGGUUUAACUGGAUGUUGUCACCUGAAACCAUGGUGGGCCCCUUCAAACCCCAACCUCAUCCGGGAACCAACAUCUCCAAAGGAGCUGUCAUCACAUGUUAUUUGAAAGAUGAGAGAAGAAAUUUUCUUUUACCAAAUAAUAUUCAUAUUAAGUCCAAGGAAAAGAAGGACCUGUACAUGAUGUUCAAUGGUCGUAUUCAGGGAAAGAAUUUGCAAUUGUUUAUGGAUAUAAGAAACUCUCAAUACCAUGGUUUGAAUAAUGCAAGUGAAUCCUUUGAACAUGCCAUACAACGUGUUAUUGAUGACAACCUUGAGUUGGGAUGUGCAUCAACUGAGAAGCUACUGUUAUGGGUGUUUUAUGAAUGUCCAAAAGCACUGAAGAUGAGUGAUGCAAGAGUAAUAUUAUUGUCUGCUCUUCACAAUGUCAUUCAGAUUUUAUCCAAUUGCUACAAUCCACCUGAGUCGCUUGUUGACCGGUUUAACUGGCUUAUGAAAGGGUUUAAUGAUUGGGAUAAUUCCAGUUACCUCCAAGGUUUUGGAACCAUGCGUAGGCAGUCUAGCAUAUUAACCACCUAA